AUGCACUCGCAGAUGCUGACUGAGGAGUCGACAUGGUAUGACUAUGGGAGACGAACCAUCAAGGGCCGCGAUGCGGAGAGGAGCGAUGAGGCUUGCGGGAACCCGCGGGAGCUCAUUUCACGAAUGAUCUCCCCGAUUCUGCAGAGGGGUCUCGAAGAGGAGAAGCUGACCGGUCUCUGGUCUUGGUGCGCGGCACAGCUCAUCAACGCGACGCACCUGCUUUUUCAUGUACAUGCGGUUGGAAUCAACAACAUGCAGGCCAAGAAAUCUAUACAGGAGGCCCAGGCCGCGGAUGGCGUUCGCUAA